ACCUACCUAAGUCAGCCUUGUCUUCCUCCAACACAUUUUCAUUCUACCACCUCUUACUUCCCAACGCCGCAACACAAUUUUCGCCAACAAUGAGCGACGACGAAGAAAUUCAGGUCGAAGGACCCAUUCUUGGGGAUGACGAUCCCAUGCGCGCAUUCUUGCCUACCUCGUUCGGGAAAAGUAGCAAAGAGGCUGACAUCGCCGCACAAAUCGACCGGAGUAAGAGAAUAGUCAAGGAGCCAAUAACAGGCAAGUCCAAGUCGGGAGAUUCGGAUUCAAACGACUCGAGCUAUAGCGAAAAUGACUCCGACGACUCUGAUGACGAGGACGAAUAUCCAACAUCUCACGAGAUGGUCAUUAAAACUCACGAGCGCGCUGUUACUUCGCUGUCGCUAGACCCGGCGGGUGGCCGGUUAAUAUCAGGUUCUAUCGACUGCACUGUCAAGCUCCACGAUUUCUCGUCCCUUACCCCAACAACGAUACGAGCUUUUAAGAGCGUUGAUCCCUAUGAGACCAAGUCCUCGGCAGCAAAUACGGAAUCGCAUCCUGUCCACCACGUCGAGUUUAAUCCUCUAGCUGGUGGCAUUUUCCUAUGCAUAUCGGCACACCCCCAGGCGAAAAUUCUAUCUAGAGAUGGCGAUAUCGUUACCCAAUUCGUCAAAGGUGACAUGUACCUUCGAGACAUGCACAAUACGAAGGGCCAUGUUUCCGAGGUCACGACAGGUACUUGGCAUCCCACAGACAAGAACCAGUGUGUUACCGCCGGGACAGAUAGUACGUUGCGCAUAUGGGAUAUCAACAACAAGCGCAGCCAAAAGGAAGUAUUGGUAUUCAAGUCGAGAGCUGCAGGCGCUGCAGGCAGGACGCGGAUGACUGCUGUCGCUUGGGGUACCCCAGUCCAAGGAGGCAACAAUGUUCUGGUUUCCGCAGCGCUAGAUGGUACUCUUGUGAUGUGGAGCGGCAAUGGUCCGUAUACGCGGCCGGCCGGGGAGAUAAGAGAAGCUCAUAAACCCAACACCUGGACUGGCGGCAUCGAUAUCAGCUCCGAUGGGCGAAUGGUGGUGACUAGGGGCGGCGACAACUUAAUUAAAUUGUGGGAUACGCGAAAAUUUAAGGAGCCGCUCGUUUCGGUCGAGCAUCCAUCUACGUCGGAUCACUAUCCAACGACCAACAUCAAGUAUGCGCCUAAUUCUACAAGCAUCAUCACCGGAUCAGCGACUGGCCACCUCCACAUACUGAAUCCGGGGAAUCUGCGUCCGGAAUACACUACGUUAGUCACACCCGGGUCGCCCGUGAUUACGGUGGACUGGCACCCGAAGAUCAAUCAGAUCAUCACCGGCUCUGCAAACGCCGAAACGCACAUCCUGUAUAACCCUACGAUGUCGACGAGGGGUGCGGUGGACGUUAUGUCGCGCGCCCCGAAGAGGCGACACAUCGAUGAUAAUCCAGAGUUGACCACCGACCAAUCUCUCGGACUUUCAGGGGAAUCAAUUUUCACACCAGGUGCUUUAGCCAACAGCAGAAAAGCGGGUGUUACGGCAUCUGGGAAAUCGAAAGAUCCUAGGAGACCGCAUGUUCCUCAACAGACGCCCUUUCUACGAAGCCAGCCUGAUGAGAAGCAUAUCAGUGAGAAUAUUCCAUUAAGUCGAAUGUUGCAUGAGGAUCCCAGAGAGGCGCUCCUCAAGUAUGCCGACCUAGCAAAGAAGGACCCCGUAUUUACGAAGGCAUGGAAGGACACGCAGCCGGUGACCCAGUAUGCCGACGUGAGCGACGAAGAGGAGGAUGGCCCAGACAAGAAGAAGGUGAAGAGAUGAGAGAGGCUACCAGUCUGCAAAUGCAGUUGUUUGCCCGAAAACAGGUACCCGGGCUGUCAGGUACCAAAGGAGCCUCUUAUGACCUCAAAAUAGGUACGGUACCUAUGUAAGUAGGAUCUUAGUGCCCCAUACAGCCGGGACUCUACGAAAGGUAGGCCCAUUGAUCGACGUGCGCCGGCUUUACCAAUUGGCAAAAAGAUGCCUUUUAGGGACUACUUUGUCAAGUCUGUUAC